UUUUGUUCCCGCCAUAUCUAUACGAUAAAAUUAGUUAAUGUUAUUGAAAUUGGUAUCAUUAGAUUAGUCAUGACUUGAAUUUGUGCCUUUUCAUAGUGUUGUAAUAUUAAUUAACUAAAGACAUGCCAGGACUAGUUGGUGGUUGGGAUGUUUGAAAAAUACGCAUAUUUAAAAAUAUAACAAUAUUUUUAUUUGUCACAGCACAAAAUAUCACUGGGUUGCAAAUUAAAUAGUUUAUUUAAUUUGUAAAUACUGUUAAUUGUCUGAGCUCAUGAAUAUGUCAAUAAUUGAAUACAAAUUAUUGAGUUGAGCUCGAGUAAAUAAUGAAUUAAAAAUAAUCAAGUUGAGUUUAAUUGAACACUGAGUUGAAUGCAAAAAUGUCAUGAUAAUAAGUAACAUGAUGUCAGAGGUUACUGAGCGAAGUGAACACAUUAAUUACUAUUUUUAAUAGCACUGAAUACAUAAAUAUUUUUGUUAUUGAGUUUUAAUAGUGAUGAUCACUUAAUUGAAUUGAAUUUAAUGAGCUCAUGAUAAAUUACACUGAUUUUAAUUUAUCUGUUGAACACGUGGUAGCAUGAUAGCAGAGGCUACUGAGCGAAACAUAACUUUUAGUUUAAUUAAAAAAUUGAGCAUAAUAUUAAUUAAAUAAAUAAUAAAACUGAGUCUUUUAAAUUAAUUGAGCACUGAUAGCAAGUAAAUGUUUAAUAAAUAAUGCACCUGUUGCUUUCUCGAUGAUAUAACCUCGUCAGGAACAGGUUGUAGAACACUGUAUUUCUUGAUGUUAUUUAUUAAUUAUUUUAUGAGCUCUGGAGCUCGCGAUCAUAAAAAUAAUUAUAUUUUUAUAUAGAGUAAUGAACUCUGAAUGUGAUUUAUUGAUUACUUUGAAUUAUUUACUCGAGAUGAGCGCAAUUGUAAUAGAUUAUACAAAACACGUGGUGACACUUGAAAUUGUAUAAAAGAAUAGAUAAUGGCGUCGGUCUUCUUGCCACGAGGCAGGAAAAAUCCAUGCGCAUGCGUCGCACAGUGCAAGUCAAGUUCUCAUAGAUGGACACUCGGCCCCAGUAGGUGCUCCCUCUAUUUGCCGGAAGUUCAACUACAUUCAAAUUUGAAUGUAGUUGUGAUUACGCAACACAUAGUGUAAACUCUUUUCAAUUGCCAAGUAUUGAGAUAAAUAGAUUUAUCUAUAGCAUUCGAAUUAGAUUUAAACUACGCGACAAAAAAGACGAUCGUAUUUAUUUUCUUUAAAUAAAUUUAUAACGUUCCCUACUAUUCGUCACAACCCACGGCGGAGUGUGGUAUGUGCAGAAUAGCCGCUAUGGCCCACCGAUGGUAAAACUGAAAAUAAAAUAAUAAAAUAAAACCAAAAAUCAUCCCUUGGAGAUGCCCACGAUCCCAAUGGAUACACAGCUCUUCCCAGGCUGGGUUAGAUAACCGAAUCUGGCGCCAGUUCGUGUACCCCACGAACAAACUCUAAUCAACAAUAAAUAAUGAAUGAAAAUGAAAAAUGAAAUAAUAAAAUACAGAGAGCAGUUUCAGGUGUUGAAAAAGUAUAGCAAGAAAGAGAUAGUAUGUAAUAAAUAAAUAGUAAAAUUAAAUAAAUCCCGGGUUGGUAGUCAUUUAAUAACCCGAUAUAUUUUAAUUAUAAUAGUGUUUCAACGGGUACUAACAAAACAAUUUUUAAAUAAUAAUAGUUCACUUCACAAUGAAUUAUUAACUGUUAUGUCCGACCGUUCGGACAUUUAAUAUUUUUCUUAUUAUAUAAUUUUUAAUUAUAAUUUUUAAAUAUUUCAUUCAAGAGUAUAAUAUGGAAAUUAUUAUCUCUUGGUCGUUUCUCAUAAAACUUUCAUUUAUUUCAAGAUUAGAGUGCAGCUGGCACGUUAUCAGGCCGUAAUCGAACGGGCCUAAAUAAAUAGCUAUAAAAAUAAAAAACGCUUAUUAGGUGACGCACUUUUUGUCUCCACUGCACUCUAAAAUAAGACCAAAAAUAAACAGUACAGUUGUAACGUAUUUUUAAUGUGUUUUUUUGUAUUGAAAAUCACUUAAAGGUACAUUACCAUGUUUAGACUAAUUAAAACUAAAAUAAGAUAAAAAAGGUGAAAGUUUUUAGUUAAAGAAUAGAAUUUAAUAAAUUUUCAAUAUUGUUCAAAAAUAAAAUAUUACGACGAAAAAUAAUGGCAAAAGAAAACUCAUACUUGAGAACAAAAAAAAAGAAAAGAAAUGAAUAAAUAAGUAAACUAACAUUAGAAAAAUAUUAGAACUCGAGUUAAAUAAAAUAAAAUAAUGAAAUGUCGGAAAUUAAAUAAUAAAAUAUUAGUAUUCCAUUUAACGGAACAAACCACAUAGAAAUUUAAAGAUAACGAAUCAAUGAUUCCAAUACAAAAAUGUUUAAAUAAUAAACAAUUUCAUCAUAAUAAUACUUAGAUAAAUAAAUAAUUCUAAACAAAACAAUAUAGGAAUUUUAAGAAUAAAUAAAUACAGUGAACGACAUAAAAUAAGUAAACAAUAUAAAUAAUUCAAAAACAAUAUAAAUUGGAUAAAUAAAAUCAAAAAUUUAUUUAUUAAAUAAUAUAAAUAAAAUAAGUUAAUACGUCAUAAAGUGGAGGGGAUGGAAAACAGACCCAAUGCCUGACGUCAGAGGGGAACCCAUGUGGAGGAAGGUGCGUACCCGAAACAUCGGUGCCCAAAAAGGCAUAGUGGGAAAAAUAAGGGCCAUACGAUUGGCCUAGGUUCUUUUUCUUUCCGGGGAAAAACGCCGCCCACUUUCCCUGAUUUCUUAAAGGGCCAGUUCCUGAUUUUCUAGUUCUGUGAGAAUCAGUCCGAUGGAAGUAACAACUGUGAACAGUCACAGUUCCUAAGUUUUAUUCAGAGUUAUUUUUGAAAAUUGAAUCUUAAACAAUUAUUGUUCUUUCUAUAAAUUUAAACCAAAUAAUUAAAGGUAAAAUCUAAAUAAAUUUGAGUAAAUAUAAAACAAAUAAUUGGAAGUGAAAUUUGAAUAAUUCGAGUAAAUUUUAAACAAAUAAAUUAAAAUAAAUUGAGUUAAGGAAAAGAAUAUCCAACGUCGAAUCGAGUAUAAGUUGAAUUAAGAAAAAGAAUAUCCAACGCCGAAUCGAGUUGGGUUACUGUUCUUUUACGGUGUUAUUCGUUCAUGAGUUAAUGUAGUCAUCACCACGCGUUUAUUUAGUUGAUUUUUUGUUAACUUUUGUGUACAUUUGAGUUCUAUAAAAUGCCGUUAACAUUUAUUAUUUCUCAAAAAGGCAAUAAAUUAUUAGUUCAUGAAGGCAUUUUAUAUGCAAAAAAGCGGAUAAACAAAAAUGAUAUUUCUUGGCGUUGUGCUACCAAUUCAAAGUGUAACCUAUCAAUUCACACGGAUAGCGAACUCCGCACCGGUAAGUGUGAUAUUAUAUCUAUGUAUAAAUGUUAUUGUAAAUGUUUUAUUUAUUCAUUUAUAUUUUGUUAUUUAGGCAAUAUUAUAGGCACUGUGCCUGUUCAUGAUCAUCCAGGCGAUGUUGCUGCGAUUCAAGCGAAAGCUGUAAAAAAUAAAAUAUUAAAGCGAGCUCGCAAGACCGACGAUAAGCCUGCAAAAGUUGUAUCACGUUCUUUACGUGGUGUGAUGUCUCCUGUAGCUGCUUUGUUACCUAAACCGGCAUCGCUUUCACGUGCAAUAAAUCGUGUACGAGCUGUUGAUAAUCCACAAUUAAUCAAUCCUGCGUCACGUGGUGAUUUGGAGAUACCUGAUGAAUUAAAAAAUACUCAUGGCGGUGAAUUGUUUUUGUUGCAUGACAGUGGAGGCGAUAAAAAGCGAUUUAUGAUUUUUACUACAUUGCGGAAUUUAAAUUAUUUAUCCACAUGUGAUCAGUGGUUGGGAGACGGUACUUUUCGUAGUGUACCGGGUAUUUUUGUACAAUUAUACUGUAUUCAUGGAUUUAAAAAUGGCAAAUCGUUGCCCUUGAUUUAUAUUUUGGCACCUAACAAGACACAGCGUUUGUACGAAAAUGUGUUAGCAAUAAUUCGUGAUGCUUUGCCAAAUUAUAAACCCGCUCGGAUGAUGACUGAUUUUGAGGAUGCGUUUGUUAUGGCUUUUAAAACCAAAUAUUCGGGUGUAUCAUUAGCUGGGUGUUAUUUCCAUUUUAACCAAUGUAUAUGGCGACACAUACAAGCUUGUGGAUUGCAAAAAAUAUAUGAUACAGAUAUAUCUUUUGCCUUGAAUUUGCGAUUGUUGUCAGCUUUAGCUUUUGUGCCAACAGCGGAUGUAAUUAAAUGCUAUGAGCUAAUUACUGCGACUGAUUUUUAUGAUGCACACGCCGAAGAGCUUGAUGAUUUGCUGAAAUACUUUGAGGCUACUUGGAUUGGCAAAACUUGUCAUAACAAAAAAAAACGUGAAAAACCUCGGUUUGAUAUAUCGAUGUAGAAUUGUUACAGCGCUGUGAUUAAUGGUCUUCUUCGUAGUAACAAUCCCACUGAGGGUUGGCACAAUAGAUUAAAUCGUUGUGUCGCUGUCCAUCAUGCUACUGUUGGUAUUUUUUUAAAAGCUUUAAAAGAUGAGCAGGUGAAUACUGAGCUUUGUAUAACUCAAGUAAACACCGGCGUCAAUAUUGCAAAUCAACGCAAAGAGUAUCGCGAUUAUGAUGAGCGUUUGAAACGCAUCGUUAGUAACUAUGAUUCAUCCUCAAUGUUAAGUUAUGUGAGAAAUGUUGCUAAAGUUAUCUCUUUUAACAAGUAAAACAAUUGAUUGAUGAAUAGUUAUUAUUUUUUUAUGUUAUUGACAUCAAGAGAUUAAAUGUUAUAUUUUGAUGAACGAUUACUAUUCAAAAAUAAUAUUUCUGUUUUGUUCAUUAAUUAUUAUUUAAUUUGCGAUAUUAAUUGCCUU